ACAAUAGUGUCCUUUGAAACAACCAUGACUCAAGUUUGAAGGACUAUUGUUCAGAAGAGAAAGUUCCCAUUAGUAAAGGACACUUGAGACAGACACAAUAACUCUUAAAGGACCACCAACACACUGAAUUCACCUUGCAAGAAACUGGCACUGACGCUGCACUUUUUGGAGUCUGAGAGAGAGAGUGGGCAGGUAGAGACGAGGAAGAGAAAACAGAGAAGACAAAGAUCAAAUUUUGAGCUGCAUCUGUGACUGGGACAUAAGCAGAUAUCCAAUGGCGGAAACCGGGGACCUUGUGUCAGAACUAUUCCCAACUGGGGGCACAAUCCCAUCAGAACCUGUUGUCACAGCUGAAUGCAUUCUCUCUCUCUCAAAGAGUUCAAAAGAGUUCAAGGUCUUCCUCCAUCCUGAAGAAGUACUAAAGAGCUCAAUUGAAGCAUCAUGCUCAGCAAAAGACCAUAAAGAUAGUAGCCAGCCCACCGCACAAGCCUGCAAUAUCAUCUCUGACUGUGUGCCUGGCCAACAAGAUACAAGUCGCCACUGUAUAUCUGAGACCCACGUGUGUGAUGGAGGGAGUUCACAGCCAAGAGACAUAACAAGCCAUCAAAUUAAACAGGCAUGUAGAGCAUCACUGACAGAACAAAGAGAACAUGAAAUAUCCCCUAACAAGGACCUGAAAAAAAACAGCCUGUUAUCAAUACAGAGAAGCCACUCUGACAGCUUGCAGAUUUUCAAAGAAGUUGCUGCUCAUCCUCUCUUCUGUGAAACUAGUGCAUUGUUUUGUCAAGGAAAAGACAAGGAAGCUUGUACACAGUCAAUCCCUUCUUUAGUAUGUAAACAGGCCAUGCCCCUUCAGCAAAGCAAUACGGUUACCACGUCCACCAGAGCAGGAAGUAGUGGAUCAGGCAGCCCUACUCAGCCAGCAAAACAAGGCUACAUUCAGAUCUGCCCAUCUUGUCAGACACCAGUGCCCAAUGAGGUCAUUCCAGAGUCCACCUUCCCUAAAUGUGAAGAAGCUUUUUGCUGUAACUCACAUUUCCACCAUUGGGCUGUAGAGGACACAUUUGCUGCAAACUGCCACCCCCAGCCCAUUCCUGCCCCGGCUCAACUGCUGCCACACUUAGUAGGGAUGGAAGAGACCUACAGGGGCCAGAUAGUGGCAGGCAACUUGCUGACUCUCCCUCGGCUCAUCUCCUCUAUCAGUGAGACAGGACUGGAUGCUAAGGGACUGCUCCGCUGUUGCAAUCUGGACUGUUCUUGGCCUGGUCCUUUGCGUUCAACUGGGAAUCAGAUGGAUGGAAAGACCACAAGGGAAGCAGGAACCAUGACCUUACAAAGAGAACUGAAGGAUAUAGGGGUGCAAGUGGGUCAGAACUCUGAGGAACCUCCACAGCACAUGUUCCCAGAGGUGUGCCUGGUUGAGGAGAAGAUGAACGUGAGUGUUAAAACAGUGUCAAAAAAUCACAAGUCCCCAGUAAGGGAAGUAAAAUGGGAUGCAGAGGGCAUGACUUGGGAGGUGUAUGGAGCCUCGGUUGACCCUGAGGAUCUUGGAAUUGCAAUUCAGCGACAUCUGGAGAUGCAGAUUAAAGAGACUAUGGGAAUAGCGGCAAAGCUCUCACGCCAGAACACAACAGCAUCUCAGCACAGCUCAGGAUCAAAGCAUAGGAGAAAAAAGGGGUUAUUGGAAUUGCUUCGCCAUCCAGGUUGCUGUUCUCGGACCACCAGUGCAGUGGACUAAAGGGCCUGCCCUACAUGACUGAGUCCUCAAACAGCAUUGAUAAUAAUCUUGGAUAGCUUUGAAAGUCAAAUGAAGAACAGAUUAAUUCUGAACUUUGUCAAAUUACAAUUAAAAUCAGUCUGGGUUUAGACAUCCAAGUAAAAAGGAAUAAAAAUAGGGAAUUUUGUGUCUUCCUUUUCAUUUCUAAAACCUUACUUUAUAGUUAUAGUACUUUGCUCAGUUAAGGGCUUUUGAUAACAUUGAAUAAUUUAGAUGAGACUGUGGGUGAUUUAAUAACAGAUAACUGCUAUCAAUGGAAUGUGUUUUUUAUCACCCAACAAAGAUGAUUCUGAAGUUCUUGUUUUAUAUCAAUCUAUGUGGGAUUGUGUCUAUUCAUCCAAAACUUUUUAUUUUUUAUUUAAUUCACUGGAAGCACUGUGAAAGAUAUUAGAGAAUACAUUAAAGCAAUAGUUCACCCAAAAAUGAAAAUUCUCUCAACAUUUACUCACUCUCAUGCUAUUCCAGAUGUGUAUGACUUUUGAAGAUUUUUAGAAAAAUAACUCAGCUCUGUAGGUCCAUACAAUGCAAGUGAAUGGUGGCUAGAAUAUAAAGCAUUUAAAUGCAGCUAAAAGUAACCCAUACAACUCCAGUAGUUAAAUAAUUUUUUUUUAGAAGUGAUAUGAUAGGUGUGGGUGAGAAACAGAUCAAUAUUUUAGUACAUUUUUGCUAUAAAUCUCCACUUUAAAUUUCACUUUCACAUUCUUCUUGUGAAGGAGGGGAUUUAUAGUAAAACAUGACUUAAAUAUUGAUCUGUUUCUCAACCACACUUAUCAUAUCGCUUCUGAAGAUCAUCACUGGAGUCAUCUGGGUUAGUUUUAUGGUUCUUUAAUGUGCUUUUUAGACGUCAAAGUUCUGGCCACCAUUAACUUGCAUUGUAUGGACCUACAGAGUGGAAAUAUUCUUCUAAAAAUAUUUGUUUGUGUUCUGCAAAACAAACCUAGUCACAUGUCUGGAAUUGCAUGAGUAAUUGAUGAGAGCAUUUUCAUUUUUGGUUGAACUAUCCCUUUAACGGUGGCGCUAUCUGCUGGCCAAAGCAUUGCAGUAACAAAGAAGUUAAUGGUAUCAUAAUUUGUGUACAUGACAAUGUUUUUAAAUGGUCAUAUCCAAUUUAUGUUUAAAUAUUAGGAUAGUAGAUGCAGUAGAAGAGCUAAUUAUGAAAAAUAAUGUCAAACAAUAUGAAAAUAUGAUAUAAAAUGUAAUAUUAAAAAUAUACAUUUUACAAACAACUACUUUUAUAUUUAAUGAAGAAAUUAGCAUUAGAUUAACUACACUACAGCACAAUAUAACAAGGAUGUUGACAUAUUAUUGUCAAGGUGAUUAAUUGUUUGCCAUGCAUUGUAAAAUCCUUUUGCUUCUGGACAAUAACAAAGAGGAAUUAUAAAGUAUUCUGAUUAACACGUUUUAACCUUUGGAAGUAGAACUCUGUACAAAAUAACAUAUAUGCAUUAUUUGUCAAAGAAAAUGAAAUGUGCCACUAGCUGCCUUGUUUUUGUCUAUGUAACAAUAAAAGCAAUAUGCCAUUUAAAAAGUGACACGAACACUCGUAAUUCCAAGCAUAUUAAAUG